UCACGAAAAGCGAUGCAUUUAAUUCUAUCGACCAUUCUUUGCUCUUCAUUGUCGUAAGUACCAGCCAUUUUCCCUUAAUAAAUUUAACUGAUCAAUCAAUUUGGUAUAUUUUUUCUAUUUAUAGAGUUUGUCUAUCACUAAUGACUUUAUAUAAGGUCUUACGAACAUUUAAAAUUCUUUUUCGAGAAAUUUCGAAGAUAAAAUAGGAAUGAGAAAAAAUAAUGUUGACUAACUGCUAUCAUGAGUCAUUAUCCUUGGAAACAGAAAGAAAAUUAUUUUUCUUCUAUAACAUUAAUACUAUGCGAAAGAACAGAAACGAAAAAUGAGUGCAAACGAGCAAGUCACUUAGAUGAAUAUAAAUGUGCACUGUUUUAUCUUUUCUAGUAUAAUUCCAAUACAUCGUUAUUCACAUUUCAGAGAGAUACAAGACAAUAGAAAGCAAAAAAAUAAUCGUAGUUUCAGCUUUGAAGCACGUUGAAUCCUUAUAACACCGAUAAAUCGACGGAUAUAUGUAGGAAAAACAAUUCCAUUCUGGUCAAAUGAUUCAUUAUUUACAGAGUAUCUCCAUUAUAUUUCAAAAAUUGGUUCAGUUCAACAUAGAAAAGUUUCCAUAUCCCUUACUAUUUAGUACUGCUAAAUCCCGUUUUUGACGCGCUUUAAUUUUGUAUAAAAUUUGUUAUGAUUGCUAUUUGAAAUCAUAGCGUUACCCCCCUGGAAUAAUAUUUUUACCCACCUAGUAUUUCGAGCAUGGGAAGAACAACUUGAUCGAUCAAAAGUAGUUGAAAGUGAUGAUGAACAAGAAUUACUUUUCAGUAUACCAUUUAAUGGUGCUGUGAAAAUAACUGGUCUAUGUGUUAUUGGUGAAAAUGGUCCAUCACAUCCGAAUAGAGUUAAAUUAUGGAGUAAUUUACCUGAAUUACGUUUUGAUAAUGCACAUGGAAAAGCUCAUCAAGAAAUUUCACUUACAUAUGAUCCAUCCGGUACAUUAGCUUAUCAAGUCAAUCCAUCACAUUUCUCACGUGUAACACAUUUAUCUUUAUAUUUUCCUUCGAAUUUGGGUGAUGAAACAACUCGUAUUUAUUAUAUUGGUCUUCGUGGUGAAUAUCUUGGUGAAGUAAAAUCUAAAGUAGUCAUUACAACGUAUGAAGCUAGACCACAAUUAAAAGAUCACAAAGUGGAUGAUUUUUUAACAGGCAAUCGUGAAAUACAAUAA